AUGCCUCAACGAAAUAUUCUGUUAAUGAUUGCCGACGAUCUUGGCAAACAACUGGGCUGCUACGGGAACAAGAAGAUCCAGACGCCCCACCUUGACGAGUUAGCUGCAGAGGGGACUAGGUUUGACCAGGCCUUCACAAGCACAGCAUCAUGCAGUGCGAGCCGGUCGGUUAUCUACACUGGCCUUCACACCCACCAAAAUGGGCAAUAUGGACUCCAUAAUGGACGCCAUCAUUUCACCACCUUUAACCAUGUCGAGACUGCUCCUGCAUUGUUUUCUAAUCAUGGAUACACCACUGGCCUGAUUGGCAAGGUACAUGUUGGGCCAGAUUCCGUGUAUCCUUGGGACAUGCGAGCCGAGAGUGACAGUCGUGACGUUGCCUUAGUCGCCGACCAGGCUACUGACUUCUUUGAAAGCUCCAAGUCAAGCAACAAGCCAUUCUUUCUGACCAUUGGUUUCAUCGAUCCACACCGCGAUCUGACCCGCUCAGGAUUCGGUAACAAUGACCAAUAUGAUCCGCGAGUGAAGGACAUUGAUUAUAAGCCUGAGGACGUCGAGAUCCCACCUUUUGUUAACGACCUACCUAAAGUGCGAUACGAAUUUGCAGAGUAUUACAAAUCUAUUUCUCGUCUUGACCAAGGUGUCGGUAUGGUCUUGAAUGGACUGAGAAAGAGCGGCCUGGGUGAUGAUACGCUCGUCCUCUUCGUCAGCGACAACGGUCCUCCAUUCAUAAAUUCAAAGACAACUCUGUACGACGCCGGAGUCUGUUUACCCAUGAUCAUGAAAUGCCCCGGAUCACCCGCUGGCAUAACCAACCAAAACAUGAUAUCUUAUGUUGACAUUCUGCCAACACUCCUCGAUUGGGCGCAGCACCCGAGUCCCACGCAUCCAGCCCGUCUCGGUCGCUCAUUCCUCCCCGUUCUGUCCGAGAAAACCCAACUUGACGCAUGGAGCGAAGUGUUCGGCUCCCACACAUUCCACGAAAUUACCAACUACUGGCCGACUCGAUUCAUGCGAAACCGUCAAUUCAAAUAUCACCGCAAUAUCGCUUGGAGACUUGACUUUCCUUUCGCGGCUGAUAUCUACGGCUCGUUAACGUGGGAGGAGAUCCGGAAUUCAGAUACAAGUCCGAAGAUGAUCGGUCCGCGCCCGUUCAAGAAUUACUUUUUCCGCCCUGCGGAGGAGUUGUAUGAUAUUCAAGCUGAUCCGGAUGAAGUACGCAAUCUUGCUAAACACCCGGAGUAUGUACAUGUCUUGGAGGAAAUGCGGACUGCUAUGGAGAAGUGGCAAGGUCGUAGUGAAGAUGCUUGGCUUUAUCGUGAUGGCGUCUCUAUGCUUCUGGUUCGACACCAUAUCGAUGCGGGCUUAGAGGUACCGGAUCGGUGGGACUUUGAUGUCGCUGUUCCGGAGAGCAAGGGUCAACCUAAAUUUGCAGCUAAUUUUGCUUGGGGAGCUUAG